GUGAGAGUCUGACCAACCGAGGACUUCUGCUGGUUGAAGGCUGGAGUUACAGCUGCUUUGACGCGCUUCUUCUCUGCAUGCUGCUGUUUUCUCCGCGGAAGUAAAGGACUUUUUCUCCUCUGUGAUGAUGGCUUUCACCAUGCUGAGGCCGGUGUCCACACAUCCCUUCUCCUACCCCGCAGACCUCACCUUGAUAUCGGACGAUGAGGAGGGAAACCGCAGCGAGAGCGACGGCAGCUCCGACCAGAGCUACGGCUGCUGCGGGGCUCAGGCGGAGGGAUACCGGCGGGAGUCCGGCGGGGUGGUGCGGCAGAGAAACGCCGCUAACGCCCGGGAGAGAUACCGGACCCAGAACGUGAACACGGCCUUCACGGCUCUGAGGACACUGAUACCCACCGAGCCAGUGGACAGGAAACUGUCCAAAAUCGAGACUCUGCGCCUGGCGUCCAGCUACAUCUCUCACCUAGCUAACGUGCUGGUGGUCGGGGACGGGAGGGAGGACGGACAGCCGUGUCUCACCGCGGUCUACAAGGAGCUGAAGGGGGGCAAAGACGGCAAACAGCCCCGGACUAUCUGCACAUUCUGCCUCAGCAACCAGCGGAAAGGGGGAAGACACAGUUCACAUGACAGACGAGACUGUGCCAAAAUGCACGGAGGCAGCUCGAGACAAAUAAGUCGGCGGUGAGACUUUGACGAGGAGUAGGAUGAGAUCUACUCUUCAAGGCAGGCCUCCAACGACUGUUCCUCAAAAUCAAGAGGCAUCUCUGAAGCAUGAAAGACUUUUGCAAGUGCUCUGAUGUUUUGAGGAGUUUGGCUCCUUGGACACUGAACAUGCAAGGCAAAAGGACAUCUCUGUGUGACACCAGCGUACAGAUGGUCUAAGGCAGGGGGGAAGUCUGCCUUUUAGUCAUUGGAUAAGAAUUUGGAUUGUUUUCUGGUUUAAACAGGAAUAAUGGUGUUUAUUUUUUCUCUAUUCAUGAUGAAAAAAAAACCCCAAAAAGUUUGUGAAACAAUUUUAAAUCAGUGAUCUAAAAUAUUAUUCUGCUUAUCCUGAUGAAAGUUGAAAGAAAAUGUUUCCAACUGUUGAAGCAUAAAGGCACAAUCCACUAUCAAAUCCCAAAAAGAAUCAGAACCAUUUUUGUAGAAAAGGCCAAACUCUUUUGUUGCAUUUGUGAAAUUACAUGAAGUUGAAAAUGCCUUUUUUUUUUUUUUUUUUUUUUACAAAAGCAUUCGCAUGAUUCAUGAGACACAAAGAUGCUUUGGUGCUCAUCCUCUUAUAAACAAACUUGACUUUGAAAGGACCCGACAAGCUUCCCUCCCUCAAAGUUUGCCUUGCUUUUUUAAGUCAAAAUCUCAAAGAGCUUUAUUCAAAGACUGGUUGUACAGAAAUUUCUUAUCAGAAUACUGAUCAUGCCCAGCAUCCACUCAGUAGAAGCUGUGUGGAGACGGAGAAAAAAUCACAAGACUCACGAUUGUGUAGAGAAGUUUAUUAUUUCCUUUUGCCUUUCCCAGCAUUGUAAGUUAAUUUGUACCACAGUGGUCCAAACAAGAAGCACAAUUAAUCCAAACCACCAAAGAGAAGAAAGUUCUUUGAGUUUGUCACUUAAAAUGAAAUAAGGAGGAUUUUAGGAGGCUUGGUUUGCUAUGAGACUGUGCAGAGAAGUUUCCAGAACAAUAUGUGAGAGGACAGACCUCUACACUCAUCUAAAGCUGGUGUUAUGUUCAAGAGAUA